GCAAAUUCAAGGAUUUGAACCGGAGGGAAAGUCAAAUAAACUGCUGUGUUUCCGGAAACAUGGAAAGGUGGUCUGACUGAAAUACAGACCUCUGAAAGUUAAGUUCUCAGAGAGACCGAGCCAGGGCCUGGCAAUUCGAGCACAGUUCCACCUGUAGGUCGACGAAUUAUCUCAAUCACACGCACGGCGGCUCCACGCAGCGGAGGUUCCCAGAGUCGCAGGGGAGCGUGCAGGUCGGAAGGACUAAGAAGCAAGCAAGACGGACGCUCUGCCUGCUAAUCAAGCGGCAUUACGCACGGCAGGGUUCUCAUUCCCCUCACGGCCCGGCACUGCCGAGCCCCGCGGGCGCUCCGAGAGCCCCGCCCGGCGCUCCCCGGCCCGGCACCCACGGCCCACAGCGCGGGCGGGUGCUCCCCCUGCCGGCGGCGAGCGCCCCUCUCCGGCGGGCUGCGCGCCCCGCGGCGCCGCCCCGCCCUCCCGCCAGCAUGGCCGCCGCCGCCGCCGCCUCGGUGCCCGUCAAGAUUGGAAUUAUCGGUGGAACUGGCUUGGAUGAUCCGGAUAUCUUAGAGGGAAGAACAGAAAAAUACGUUGACACUCCUUAUGGCAAGCCAUCGGAUGCUUUGAUUUUGGGAAAGAUCAAAAAUGUGGACUGUGUGCUCUUAGCAAGACAUGGAAGACAUCAUACAAUUAUGCCAUCAAAUGUUAAUUACCGUGCUAAUAUCUGGGCAUUAAAAGAAGAAAAUUGUUCCCAUGUAUUAGUGACUACUGCCUGUGGUUCAUUACGAGAGGAAAUACAACCUGGUGAUCUUGUCAUAAUUGACCAGUUCAUUGACAGGACAACUAAAAGACAUUGUACUUUAUAUGAUGGACAGCAUUCCACUCUCUCAGGAGUAUGUCAUAUUCCAAUGGCUGAACCGUUCUGUACCAAAACCAGAGAGGUUCUUAUUGAGACUGCCAAAAAGCUGGGGCUCCAGUGUCAUUCCAAGGGAACAAUGAUCACAAUUGAAGGCCCACGUUUCAGCUCUCGAGCAGAAAGCUGUAUGUUUCGCAGCUGGGGAGCUGAUGUUAUCAACAUGACUACAGUGCCUGAAGUGAUUCUUGCGAAGGAAGCUGGAAUGAGUUAUGCUUGUAUUGCCAUGGCAACAGAUUAUGACUGCUGGAAGGAACAUGAAGAGGCAGUUUCGGUGGAUAAAGUUUUAAAGACACUGAAAGGGAAUGCAAAUAAGGCUACAAGCAUACUUCUUACUGCUAUACCUCAGAUAGGCUCCAUGGAAUGGACCAACACCCUGCACACUCUGAAAGAAUGGAUGGAUAAAGGAGGCAACAAAAUCACUAUUGCUUCUUCCCUCUAAUCCACAGAAAACCGUUUCAGAGGAUGGGACUUUUUAAUACAGAUGCCUAACUAUACAGCAAACUCAGAGUUUGAACAAGUAAUGUAAAAUCUGCUAGAUACUCCUCAGGCACAUUUUUUUCAUACUGGUGUGAAAGGAAAUCAUUCCCAAGUCUAUUGUGCAGCUGAUGGAUCUGCCUUGAUUUCUGGCAGGCAUACUUCAGUGAGCAGUGUCGUCUUGUGUUCCAUUGCAUGAUUGUCUUGACUCUUCAUUGGGAGUGAAAGAGAACUGGCACUACAUUUGCAAUGUUCCCCUUUAAUGAAUACCAGCUGUUCUCCCAGUUCAUUGUCAAGUGCUUCCUCCCACUCAGUCUCCUAAGUACUGUUCACUGAAAGAAGAAAAUGUGAUGCACCAGAGGAAGAGUCACUUCAUCCUAAUGUUGCUUAACGCUCUUUCUCUUAAAUAUCUACUGCCUCAUAUCAAUAAAUACUGAGAUAAUUUCACUUGCAAUUCUUAGGUAUUUAAGUUCUUUGCAGGCAGGUUGAGAAAGGGAGUUGAUCUCACGGCACUGGAAGAGCUGGAAACAGGCAGUGAGGAUUGAAAUCCUAUAACAAGAAAGUAGGAGCCACAAGUGUUAAUAACUUGAAAGAACAAGAACUCUGGAAUAGUGAGAAAUUCUGAAGCUCCAGAGGCUUUGGAGGCUUUCUUUAAUUUUACAUAGGAACAUCAGGAUAGGCUAAAAAUGUUCGUGUUUUCCAUGGGAAUUCCAUGGUGAUAAAGCAGAUGAAGGAUUGGUGUUAACAAAUCAGAGAGGUAAUUUUGCAGGGAAGCAAAGAGAAAAAUACAUGUAUAUGUCUCUGUACAAGUGUGUAACUGAACCAUAGAGUACUUUAGUAUAUUUUAUAGUGGAAAUUUUGAAGGCCAGAUGAUGGAGUUUUUUGAACUGAUCUGUUUUGGAGGCACCUUUUCCUAGAGCUUGAAGGCAGCACCUCUUGCGUGCCCUGUGGAAGUGUGUUGAGGAACACAGACAAGGAGCAAACUGAGUAAGACUACAGCUGGUACACUACUAUCAGUGACAGCAUAUAUACAAGCCACAGCUGUGUUUCUCAAGUGGGCAUUUGCAAAUGUCCAUUCUUGUGUUGGGGAAGCAUGUGAAACAGUAAAGCUCUACACAGACACAGCUUUUCUUUUACAAAAUCUGUAAUCUGGCAGCUAUGACAGGAGGAACUUUACCUGGCAGGAGAAAAUGUGUUGUGCCCACCUGUAUUUUUCUGUCUCCUUCCAUGGAGGUAUUCAUCCCAGAUGAACACAUAUGCCAUAUCCCCUCUGAAUCUCACAGUAGUCUUUAGGAAAGACUCCAGUGUUGAAACAAAAUGUCAAAGGGCAGGUUUUUUGGUAAAGGAUAGGCUGCUUGCCAUUGCUUUUCUUUGAUGUAUCAUUUAAUCUGUGAUAUGUCGGUGAGUGUAAGAGUACUUUGGAAGUUACUGGUUUUUAACUGUCUAAGAUGUCUUUAGGACAGUAUUCCCUGGCUGUAAGGAGAUAAUUUUCCAGUGUCAUGUUAAAGCCUUCACUCUUUAAGAACAGGAUAUAACCACAUAGUAUUUAUGUCCUGUGUCAGGAAACACAGGUGAUGCUGAUGAUCACAGUGGUCCAAGUGAUUUCUCCUUGGUGUCAAGGAAAUUUCUGGAUAAGCUGACCAGUCAUGGGUAUACAGCUGGAUAUGCUGUUAACUGAGAAGAGUUGUUUAGUGAGAUGAUAAUUACUGGCAAUUGUUGCUGUAAUCCUCAUGAAACUAUGGCAUUCGACAUCCUAUGAGGAGCAAGUAAGGCAAAUAACAGUAUUGUUGCUGGAGUUCAGGGGAGCAUACUUGUUUUGAUCAAUGAACUAGUAUGUAUAAUCUCAUAGGAGACAGCUCUGAAGAGUCAAGGAGCUCCAGAAGGUUGGCAGGUCUAUAAAGACAGAAUUCUCCAGGCACAGUACUGCUCCACAGAAAGACCUUGACUGAACAGGAAGCAGCUCUAGUAUAAAAAUGCAGCAUUCAAGGGUUGGAAGCAGAAACAAGCUACAAAGAAAGAACCUAGAUGGAAGCGCAGGUAUGUUAGGGAUGCUUUCAGGACAGUGGGAGCCUGUCUAUAGUUGACAAUUGGAAGAGGUGUCAAAGGCAACAAGGACUGCAGCCAGUGCAUUGAUAACAAAAACUUACCACGGAAAACAUGAACUUAUUGCCCAUGAAGUAAAUUAAUUUGUGAGAGCAGACAGUUUCAUGUGGGAACUGAUAAAGUAGACUUCCUUUUAUCCUUGCUACAAAAAGUAUUAGUUAGAAAAGGACUGUCCUAUUGAAAAGAAUUUUAGCUCAUCAUAACUGGGAAUUGAGCUCUUUACCCAUGAGUAUCAGGAGAAUCUGUACUAUAAUGUUAUGAAGAAUGUCCUGUUAGAACUAAGAUUUUUUUAUAGUGUGGCUGUAAGAAGUUCAGCUUCUGGUAAGGUGUUAGAGCUUUUGUGAGUACUCCUCAGGUAAGUUUCUUGGCUCUGUGGGGAAACCUGCUGGUACUGCCUGUCUUUUUCUUGAGCUUCUGUACUAGCCUGUGAGAAAUGGUAUUCGUCAGAUCUCUGAUACAAGGAAUAAUGCUGUAUUUUGAGAUUGUGGUAAGUGAAUACUCUAGGAUAGUUCAGAUUGAGUAAGGUAACUGUAGAUGUGUUUCAGUACACUUCCAUCAGGGAGUCACUUGGCCAUUUAUGUGAUUUGACAGGUAACAGGUUGAAGGGCAUAAAGCUUAGUAUUUUUUCAGUCAUUUUUUUAGUCUAUGUCAAACUGAAACUUAUAAUGUAAGUUUCUGUAAAUUCUGUAUGCAAGUUCUGUAUGUCGAACUCUAAUCUUCUAAAUAUUUUUGAGUGAUUUUCUUGCUCGAAAACUAUCUUGGAGAAAUCAGUGACUAUACAUAUGUGAUCAGAGUAUAUUGGCUCAGGUGAUUAAAGUGAAGGAGGAAAAUUCAUCAAGGCUUCACUUCAGCUGUAGUUGCAUUGGUCCAAAUGCAGGGGUGCUUGCAGGCCAAGGACUUCUCAAAAAAGCAGAGAUUAAAAUGUUUCUUAGACCUUGCCCUUGAAUAUGGCUAGUGUCAAAGUUGCCUAUCCCUACAUAACUUGAAUAGUUCAUUUACUCACAGUCAGUGCCAUCUGACUGGUUUCUGUUCUUGAUAGCUGUACUUCAAUAUUGAUGGAAAGUCCUGUGGAAGUCACAGAAAGCAUGCUGCACAAUUUUUUAUUUGUAGUCUGUGAGCACAAAGUCCAUUAUUUAGUGGUUUUGCAAUAUGGUUGUUUUUCUCCAUACCAAUAAGCCUAUCACAUGGCUUUACAAAAGUUAUAAUGAAAACUCCUCGUGCGUAUAUGCCCUCCUUGUAAUUAUAUUGACUUCUGUGGUGCUGGAAAACAUUGGGGCUACUACGCACAUGAAAGGAGUUACACCUGUUUGUAGCCAAAAUGGAUGCUACAUAGUCUACCAUUACAAUGAAGAGUAAUUAUCUCUGCAUUGGCAAAAGAAGCAUUUAUCUCCUGUGACUUUGUA